GAAGUUACCUGCAGGCAGAGAUUUGCGCAGCAAGUUUGUUUGGGUCAGACAUGCACCGGGCUCAGCCUCAGCUGGGAACUGAGAUAAUACUGUUUGUUGCUAGGGGCUACAUAUGGAGAAACUUGUAAUGGCCUGUACAAACCCCUAUCUGAUUAAACAGCGUAUGGAGCACCAGUAGGUCCAAGAUUUAGAGCGUCUCUUUGAACCGUACAGUAGCUCUCCCAAGAGGAGAUUGCAGAGAUUAUGAAGAAAGUGAAAAACAGAGAGAUUAGUGUCGAAGAGGCUGUAGAGCUGACAAAAACCGAGGGCAAAGUGCAGGGGGAGGAACCAAAGCUUUGUAACUCGGAAUCGCCCAGCAAGCAGCAAUACAACUUCACGGUGUACAAAUUCCGGUACAGGUGGCAGAAGCGAAUACUGCAGAUUGAUUUCUAUUCAGAGAUGAUUUUUAACAUAGAGAAAGGGACCCUGAAGAAGCAGUUUCCGUUCAGCCAAAUCAAGGCCUGUAAAAAAACCGAUGACCUCAAAUUUGUUAUCUCCUUCUACGGCCACCAGGACUAUGAGCUGGAAGCUGCCUGCCGCGAAGAUAAAGAGAGUAUCAUGAAGAUCAUGAAUGAUAUCAUCCAGAGAAAUGACCAAACCUCACACUCGCAAAGUUACGCCAAAAAGCAUGCCUACUCAGAUGUUCUGCUAGAAGGGAUACUAGAACUUGCGGAACCUAAUUCGGACACAUGGGUGAAAAAUUUGGUCAAAAUGAAGAAAGAAGAGCUGAUAUUUUACUCAUAUGAGCAGAAGACAGAACCACUGAAAAACACUUUAACCUUGUCUGAUUGCCACGUCACCCCAAGUCCAAAUGGUGUUUCUCCCUCCUUUACACUGAAAUCAGGAGGGCAUUCCUACAUGUUUCGCAUUCCUCUGAACAAACACACACAAGACCCAGAAAACCGUAUCAAAGAGAGGGAUGAUUGGGUUGCCCUUCUACAGAAACAAUGUGCCCAAAGCCAACAAUGUCCUGCUCAUCAAGAAGAACCACCUUCAGAUGCAGGUCACUUAACAAAUAACCACACUGAGCCACUGCUAUAUCAGGAAUUGCACAUAUACAGUCAGGUCAAGCGUGGCCCUAGAGACUGCAAUGAAACAAACAUUUAUAAUGAACUUUCAUUUAGGUCUACGUCCCCUAACAAAGAAGUGUUAAGUCCAUCUGCAGGCUUCCUGAUUCCUCCAAGUCGGCCGGCUCCACCACCACCACCACCCCCUAUUCUAUUUCCUUCAGUCCAGAGAGACAUAAUUAAAAAAACCAAAGCUUUCCAUUGGGACGUGGUACCCAACGAUAAAAUCAAACAUUCCAUGUGGUCUCAGGCAGCCUCAGACCCAAAGAUACUCGAUACUCAAAGAAUUAUGUUCCAGUUUCAAACCCAGGACAAGCCGGUGGCUACAGACAUGUCUCUAGAUAACUUAAAGAAUCAACAAAUAAUAUUAAAUGUCAAGGUUGCGCAUAAUUUCAGUAUUGUUCUGAAAGGAUUUAACAUGGAACCAUGGCAGCUGAAAGACAAAUUACUAAUAAUUCAUGAACGAGACGGCGGUUUAUCAGAUGAGAAUCUGACUAAUCUAAGGAGAUAUAUACCAACGCUGAAAGAUAAAAAUACAUACCUAGCUCUGAAAAGCCCUCCCUCUGAAUUGCACAUUGUAGACCAGUUUAUGCUAGAGAUGUGCAAAAUUCCAGACCUAGGUCCAAAACUUGAUGUCUUGCUUGCCAUACGUGAAGUGCCAAUGUAUAUGAAAGACAUUCACCCGCUUCUAUGCCACAAAAUCCAAGCGUGCCAGCAACUGCUGAAGAGCCAGUCCUUCUCUCAAGUUCUGAAGUAUAUCUUGGCCAUAGGGAAUUUCCUGAAUGAGAAUGCAGGGAAGGAGAGCGCUAAGGGAUUUCGGUUAUCGUCCCUGCUAAAGAUGUCCCAUCUCAUGAGUAAGGAGAAGAGGUUCACCUUGACGCACGCCCUUGUGGAGCAGAUCCUCUUACAGGAGCCCGAUUUGGCUUCAUUUUCUCAAGAGUUGACAGAAUUUGAAGCUGUUCCUGGGGCUUCCGUCAAAGGUCUGACUGCAGAAGUUGAUGUGACAGCCAAGGAACUGGAAAAGAUUAAUCAGUACCGGAAAACAUUUAAGAGCAAACUUCAGAAAGGAGCAGCCAAUGAAACGCAGUUUCUCAAAGACCUUACGAAUAUCCUUAAAGUGUAUCAGGCACAACAAGAAGAACUGUCUAAAAAAUCCUGUGAACUGAAGAAACUUUACUCUGAAGUCCUGCAAAAAUUUGGAGAGGAAGAUGAUCAAGACUCCCAGGAGCUUUUUGGCUGGGUUUCAAGUUUCAUUAAGGAGUUCAAAAAUGCACAUUCCGCAGUCAGGUCUGCGCAAAUGAUCCCAACCGCCGCUCCUUCUCACUAAGGACUCAUGAAAACAAGACAGACGUUAUUCCUGCCAAGCCAUUUCCGGGAGGGCUGGGGUUACCUGGGGUAACGGUGAGGGGCCCCAGGGGCUAUGUGCAGUUUAUCAUUAACACUUACCCAUAAUAAGAGAACUAACUACACUAUGAACCUGUCUGGGGCAAACAAAUUCAUUCCUUCUUAAAGGGGACAUGCAGCCAAAAACUGUCUUUUUUUGCACAACUUUCCCAUUAAUGAUCAUUAAAAAUGUAAAUGGUUUUAAAGGGGAUGUGCAGCCAAAAACACAUUCCCAUUAAAAGGGUUGUUCAUUUUUGAGUUUACUUGAGCUAAAUUGAGUUAGUAUGAUGUAGAGAGUUCUAUUCUGGGACAAUUUGCAAUUGGUCUUUGUUUUUUUUAUUAUUGCAGUUUGGAAUUUCAGCAGUUAUCUGGUUGCUAGGGUGAAAGUUAUCUUAGCAACCAGGGAGUGGUUUGAGAAAUUGAUUGAUAUAUGAAUACUAGAGGGGACGAAUAGAAAGAUAUGUAAUAGAAAGUAACAAUAACAAUAAAACUGUAGCCUCACAGAGCAAUAGUUGUAUGGCU